CGGUUGACUGUGCGACGAACAUUGCAGUCAAAUACGUGAUAGUUAUAUUGUUGCAAGUGUUUUAAUAAAAAUAUGAUAAAGUUUUCGCCGGCUUUUCUAAAACAGGUGCUAUACCUCCGCUGGGGGCGUUCGUGGGCAGCCUCUGCUCUGGCCCCUUGAUGCAGCGAGCUGGAAGGAAGCGCACAUUGCAGCUGACAGCACCUCUCUGGACCGCUGGCUGGCUGGUUCUCGGGUUCGCACCCAACUUCCCCAUAAUCCUGUUAGGCAGGAUUAUCACUGGACUAUGCGUUGGGUUUGUUCUGGCCCCAGCACAAGUUUACGUGAGCGAAUGCUGCGAUCCUGAAAUUCGCGGUCGACUAGGAUCACUACCGACACUUUCAAUGUCUUUUGGAAUCCUUAUCUCAUAUACGUCGGGAAGUUGGCUGUACUGGAGAUACUUAGCGUUUUUUUCAGCUGUGUUUUGCGUUGCCCUCUUUGUGAUCCUGUUACCCUUACCAGAAUCACCAGUAUGGCUGGAAGCCCAGGGUUUGGACAGUAACGCAGCUGUCAAGUGGCUCCACUUAUCCAAACACGCUAUUGCUACGGUCAAAGAUGAUCCAGAAGAAAAAGUCGCAGGGGAACCGAAGAGUUUGUUCACUCGAGAAGUGUUCUUUUCUUCAGCGGUCAUAAAGCCUUUCAAAGUCGGAUUUGCUCUUCUAAUCUUUCAACAGUUUAGUGGCAUUGACGCUAUUAUAUUCUUCACUGUGGAAAUAUUCCUAUCUGCGGGUAGUUCUCUCAACGCGAUGACAGCCACGAUAAUAGUAGGCGCAGUUCAGAUGUUCAGCAACGGAGUGAGUACGAUGUUGGUAGACCGGUCUGGUCGACGGCCACUUCUGUUGUUGUCUGCUGUCACUAUGUGCGUCUCUAUGCUCUCAAUGGGAGCCGCAUUCUUCUUCGAGUUCAAGCAUGAGUCUUGGAUGGGAUAUCUGCCCAUAAUAAGUUUGGUCAUAUUUAUGCUGGGGUUCUCUAUUGGUUUCGGUGGUUUACCAUUUCUACUCCUGGGAGAGCUGUUCCCGACCAACUACAGAUCCCAGCUGUCAGCAAUGGCCAGCGCUGUCAAUUUACUUUCCAUGUUCACUGUUAUCAAGAGCUAUCAUGCAUUGGAGCAUGUUCUAACAUCAGCUGGGACAUUCUGGAUGUACGCAGGAUUCUGUGCUGUGGCGUUCUUCUUCGUCCUUUUCAUGGUUCCAGAGACAAAGGGCAAAUCCCUGGCGGAAAUCGAACAGCAUUUUCGCGGCAAAAAAUCAAAGGAAAACAUUAAUUUGCAGAAUGUGCAAACAAAGUUUUAAAAAAAAUUGUAAAUUUAAGUUAUUCGAACUUCUCCUGUGCCAAUAUUAGUGUUGUUAAGGUGAUUAUUAAGUAUUAGCCUCAAAGGUCUGUCAUUAAUGUACGAACAAAGGAAUAUUAGGUUAAAGUUUUAAAUUAUAAAAUGCACGCAUUAAUUUAAAUGCAAGUUUUAGUUUUUAAGACCACGCUAGACUAUAUAACUCUUAAAGCGGUAUAUUUUAUAUAUUAUUGCACUGAAGUGCCAUCUUAUGACAAGUUCUACAUAUACAUAUAAUGCUAUGUAAGGAGCAGGGCUGGCAGGAUUAGCCGCCCACCUCACCACGCAAAAUAGGCGCGCUGUAGUCGUCGAGUUGCGGAUAGUAACCCGUGAUGUAAAUGUAAAUGUAAAAAACUAUUUAUUCCCACCUCGAUGAAAAGCUCGCUUUUAGUCCCUGGUACGAAUGAAAAGUCGUCUCGCCGGGAGAGAAUCAGCCACUUUUCUCCCUCGUACCAGAGACUAAAAGCGAGCUUUUUAUCCAGAUGGGAAAGAAAAAUCGUAUACGCACCACGAGAGACAAGAAGGAUAUUGCCACCCGCGAUUGUCUACAUUCCGCGGGUGAGAAUUACCUACUUUUUUCCCUAGGUGCGUAAUAUAUUAUUCCUUUUGGCAAUGACAAUGUGUCAGUUUUCAUGGUUUCAUUCCAAUUUGAUACACAAUUAGAUUUCAGUUAAUUUGCAAACUUCAAUUUCAAUCAAUUAAGCGAAUCGAACAAAAUAAAAUAAACAAGAGUAUGAAAACUAAAAUAGAGAAUGGAGACUUCAAUAAAAAUGGUCCAGUUUAAAGUUACAAUUUGCUUAGAUUACUUCCAGAUGCUAUGAACUAAAAAUAGUGGUUGACAUUGAUAACCGUCUCUAAGGCUGAGUUCUAAAGAGCGUACUAAGACUUUGCUCAGGCUUUACUUAAGUAAAACUUAGUCGAGUGAGAUAAAACGCGAACUUGACUUUUGCAUUUGGUUCUCCUCAGGCUGUCUUAGCUUAAGCUCAGUUUAUUUUCGGUUGUUAAAUGAUUAUAAAAAUGGAAUUAAAGAUUGUUUUUUUUAAGAAAAUACGGAACGAGACGAGCAGGAUGUUCAGCUAAUGGUAAUUGAUACGCCCUGCCCAUUGCAAUCCAAUGCCGCUCAGGAUUCUUGAAAAGCCUUAAAAUUCUGAGCGGCACUACAAUUGCGCUCAAGACCUUGAGACAUAAGAUGUUAAGUCUUAUAUGCCCAGUAAUUUCACUAGCUACGGCAUUAGAUUAUGCUAAGUUAACACUCAGCUAAGUUUUACUUAAGUAAAGUGUGAACCUAAGAACAAACCUGUGUAAAGUCUAGAUAUAAUAUAUAAUAGUGUCGCUUAUUCGUAUUGCAAGCACUUUAACAUGAGAUGGAAUAUAUUUUGAUGCCAGUAGUCAACUGAAUAAUGGUAGGAAUAAUCUCACUCUUCUUGAAGUCAAGUCUAUACAUAAGCUUAAAAACAAAGUCAUGAUUGAUAGCUAUUUAUAUUAAAUGCAUUAUAUAUAUUUAAUUAUUAAGGGUUUGUAUUCUAAGAAGGUAAUAUUACACUGCAUGAUCAGAAUGCCAGCAGAAGGCUACCUUAGUGCUACUAUAAUGAUUUGACGCGGGGCACACUAGUAAAAUCUACAUUAUUUAUUGAUUUAAAUAAAAGACUUAGCGCCGAUUUCACCAAUGUCACUUCAAACUGAGUUCAUUAAAACUCAGUUUUACGUUAACGAGUUCAAAUGCCAGUCUUGAUCUCGAUUAAACACAAAGCGAUUUCACAAAUACCUUUUGAGCGUGUUGACGUAAACUCAGAAUGUAUCUAAUACCUGUCAAUACUGUCAUCGAAAAGUAUGAGCAAAAAAAGAAACUACGUUUAAAAAAACCCGAUUCAAAAACGAUAUCAAAAACUGAUAAGUAUCAAAUAACUAAAAAUUUAAUUUAAUACACCUCUUUUGCAAACCUUUACCUUUAAUAUUAAUAAAAUACUAUUUAUUUACUAUUUAAUUGAUUAUAUGUGCUACCCAUUGAUAGGUUUUAAGUCUUUAUAAGAAACUUUAUGGGACUAAAUGGCAUCCAUUUAGCAUCGAACUAAAGAAGAAUUACGUAAAUCGGAUCAUAAAUCUCAGAGUGAUCGGUGUACAUACAUAAAAAAGAAUACCGAUCGAAUUGAGAACCUCCUCCUUUUUCAAGUCGGUUAAAAAUCUAAUUUGUUAAAUGUUAAUGUUUCUAUUACGAUAACGACAACACCUGCUCAGUACGCGAUCAAAUAAUUGGACGUUCAAAAUUCGGCGGUCAGUAUUUAAAUGCGUUUAGGCUAUAAAUGCGUUUGGUUAGUGUUGGUAAAGCCAGAAUUGAAUUUGUAAACUCGUUUACAGGCAUCAGCUUAGUUCAAAGUAUUUUAAUCUCGUUCAACUUCAAUGGUGAAUCCGGCCUUAAGAUUAAAACGCGUGAAAAUGUAAUUGUCUAUUUUUGAGUCAAACUCACAAAAAUUUACACAUGUAUGUAUGUUUAGAGAAAAUAUUUGAUAUUAAGUCUACCGAUAGUAACAAAUUAUUGUUAAAUUUACCACUAUCUUUCUGUUUAUAUUCUUUUUUACCAUUGACCGGAGAAGAAAGUUAUGUAAUACCUCCUUCGUGUCUCCUUAAAACAACUAAAUAUUGACAAAGUGCCUGGCCCUUGCUUAGCACUAGAGACUUAGGUUACGAAAGGAAAAAUAACGACCUGAACCGAACCUGAUUUUACCUUUUUUAAGCUAGAGAGGUAAAAAGAAACAUGUCGCCUCUUGUAAUAAAAAUAGCGUUAACGACAUGAAAUGGCAAGAAACAGUCUGUAUAUAUAACUGUAGGUAAUGCAACUAAAAUUAUCGAUGAAUGAUUUCAAUGUUUGUUUUGUACUUCUCGAUAAUAUUUAUUACAAAGCCCUUACGUGAAAAUAAAUGUGAAUGGUAAUUUAUUAACGGCCGUUUUCAAUAACGUAUCUCUAGUUACGGAUACCGUGCUGUCACCGUUUAAUGACAAGAUCUUAUCUAUCCAUAGUUAUGUCCAAUAUAGUUAUAGUCCAAUGCUUUAUGUCGAUAGGUUAUUGAAAUGUAAGUAAGCGUAAAAGGGUAGAUUUGUCUACCUCUAGUAAGUUAAACUAAGAAUAGAUAGGGUAUCGAAAACGUGGAUUUAAAAAUAUUUUUUAAUCCUUAUUGGAAAUGAUUAUCUUUGCAGCAUAGCAAUAGAACCACUAGCAACUGACCUGAGUAUAUUUUAUUUACACUAUUAAUAUUUUAAACAAAAUUAAUAUUAAGUAUACAUAUCUAAAUGUAUAUAUAAUACAUAAUAAAUAUAAACGAAUGAAACAAAAACAGAUUGAAGAAAAUGUAUAAUAAUUGAUAAAAACUUAUAUAAUCAAACAUAAAAAAAACAUUAUUUUUUUGAGCCCUAUGUUAAAUAGUCAAGAUCAUAGUUUAUAUUACCAAAGAAGGUUUAUAGGUUAAGCGACAUAAAGAACUUAUCAAAGCUAAAAGCUUUUUCUUAAGUUUUUUUUUAUUACAGUAAGGAUGGAGACGAGCAGGAAGUUCACCUGAUGGUAAUUGAUACGCACUGCCCAUUACGGUCAGAAUUUUUGAAAAACCCAAAAAUUCUGAGUGGCACUACUCUUGCGCUCGUCAGUUUGAGUCUCAUUUCUCCAGAAAUUUCACUAGCUUCGGUGCCAUUCAGAUCGAAACACAAUAAUUCUUACACACUACUGCGUCACGGCAGAAAUAGGCGCCGUUGUGGUACCUAUAAUCGAAUCGGCAUCCUGUGCAAAGGAGGCGCCCACUGGUUAUAUGGUAAAGGGAAAAAUUAACCCCCUUAUUCAUAAUAGUCUGCUAACUUAAAGCAUUGAUAAUUCUCACUCUGUCUUCUUCUAUUGACCUAAGUCAGAAUGAGAAAAAACACUCCUAUGCGGCUGUUUAAAGUUAGCGGACCAUUAUGAAUGAGGGGGUAAGUGUAAUAUUGCAAGUAAGCGUUACCUUAUUGUAUUAUUCAUACAAUGGUCUACGCUAUACAUAUAUAGAUGACAACUUUUGUAAAGAACAUUAGUUAUAGGUAUAAUUCGUGCCAAUAAAUAAAUGAAUAGGGAAAUAGGGAUGUCAGUUAGGUGAUAUUACAUGUGGGAGUGUCCGCCAUUUUUGAUUCGUUUCUUUAUUGGCACGGGUUAUACAUGAGACAUUUCGCCUAAGUCUGAGAUCUAUAGAGCGUACUAACACACCUCAAACUGUACUCAGUUACUUAAAACUUAGCUGAGUGUAAGCUGAGCGUAAUCUUCGUUUUUUUAUUUCGUUUUUCGUUUCACAUGUCGUCAUUUGACAGCUGAGUUUUACGUAAGUGAAGUCUGAGCAAAGUGUAUUGGACGUUCUUUCUCAUCUCUUACUCUCAGCUCUAACCCUAAGGCUGAGAUAGAGUAUGUGCUGAUGUAUUUAGGGCCGUUCCCAAUAUUCAGUCUAUCUCCGGUUGUGGCCUACUUGAGAUAAAAAUCCUAACUAUCGUUGACUUUUCUGUCCAAAUAAACUUAUCGUUGGUAACUCACCUUAUCCGUGCACGCUGUCCUUCAAUGGGAGGACGUAUAGCUUACAAGCGAUAGAAGUUUGUAUGGAAAUUGCAAUUCACGCGUCCGUAAUAUAAGGCGAUAAGAAUGACUUAUCGGGUAUAUUGGGACAGCUUCAGAUUAUUGACAGCUAAUUACUGACCGUAGAAGGUAGUAAUUUAUCUCUUUCUGUAGAUAGUAUAUUGGGAACGCCCUUUAGUUAGACUUUGCUUAGACUUUACUGACGUAAAACUUAGCUAACUAUAACAUUUGCUGACGUUUUAAUAAUCAUUUGACAGUUGAAAUUAUGCCGAGCUUAAGCUAAGACAGUCCAAUGCAAAAGUAAAGUUCGCGUUUACACUUUUUUUUUAAUUGAUGAAAAUAAGGGAUGAGACGAGCAAGACGUUCGUCUGAUGGUAAAUGAUACGCCCUACCCAUUACAAUGCAGUACCACUCAGAAUUCUUGAAAAACCCAAAAAUUCUGAGCGGCACUACAAUUGCGCUCGUCACCUUGAGACAAGAUGUUAAGUCUCAUUUGCCCAGUAAUUUCACAGAAACAUAGUAAUGUUUACACAUUACUAUCUCACGGAAAUAGGCGCCGUUGUGGUAUUCAUAAUCUAGCCGGCUUCCUGUGCAAAGGAGCCUCCCACUGGUUAAAACAAAAACGAGUGUUUUUUUUUUAAAGUCUGAGCAAAGUUAAUGUACGCUCUAUCGAUCUCACACCAAGUCUCCGAUCGACAGGCGCAUAGUGAUGUGGUCAGAAUCUUAUCGUCUUACUAUACAUUUCAUCUUGUGAUGCGUUAAUCUCUAGUUCAUAUUAUCACUGUUUUUUUUUUUAUUAUUUUAUGGCACGGAUAUUUUCACUAUUAUGAGUAAAUGACGCGGCUUUACAUUAUAUUUGCCAAGAGCGUAUAAAUGAUGUAUAGAAAAGUUUUCAUUUAAAAUUGUGAAUAUUUUUUUUUGUAGGCUUAAGGUAGCAUAAGGAUUUAGCCAUCGACGAAUUGAAUGAGUUGUAUUUUAAUUAACAUACGAAUUAAUUAUUGAAACAGAUUUUAUGUAUUCUACGGCUGUGUUAUUUUUAGGCUUUUUAAAGCUUUAUA